CUCCUCUGCUUAAAGAGUAGUCUACUGAAACGUUUUAUCAGUUUUUCUACUUCAAUAAUUCGAACUUUAGCCAUUCGAAUCGCUUUACGGGACCGACCGGCUUUUGUUCCAAUAUUCGUUUACGAUGAGCAAAGUUGUGUUGUUUGGUUUAUGGGGUGGUGUUAUAACACCUCGCCCCCUCGAGUCGUUCCAGAAAUUCGAAAAUUUUAUGAACCUACCAAAGGACUUCAUAUCGAGCAUCAUUGUCAAGGGGGGCAGUGAGAAUGCUCUGGCUCGGGCUGAAAAGGGAAAGCUCACUUUUGUACAGAUGGUUUCAGAGCUGGAGGCUGAGUGUCAGAUUGAGGCAGAGAGUCGUGGCCUGUCUCUGCCGGCUGAAUUCUCAGCCCAGAAGCUCUUUGAUGAGUUACGGUGUGUAGAAUUCAGUAGGAUGGUGCUCAAUGCUGCUGCCACUCUCCGGGGGCAUGGCAUACUCACGUGUGUCUUGGCCAAUCUCUGGGUUGAUGACAGUCUUCAGAGAGAUAAUACUGCUAAGGUUCUUUCAGUCUUGGCAAGACAUUUUGACUUUGUCUUGCGAUCCUGUGAUAUUGGUGCAAGGCUCCCUGAACCUACAAUGUUCCAGACUGCCUUGAAUAAACUGGAUGUCAAGCCCCAGCAGGCUAUAUGGUUGGAUGUAGAUGAAGAGAGUGUGCAGGCAGCAAAAAACCUGGGCAUAACUGCUGUUCACAUUACUGACAUCAGUGAAGCAUUGAAGAAGCUGGAGAAAUUGGCAAGGUUGGAGCUUUCUGAGGAGAAGAUGCCUCUCUCUUGCACCCCAGAAGAGGUCAUCCAUGGAUAUGUCACUAUCAAGCCUGGGGUGAAGAUCCACUAUGUGGAGAUGGGGGAUGGGCCUCCUGUUUUGCUUUGUCAUGGUUUUCCAGAAAACUGGUUUUCCUGGAGGUACCAAAUUCCUGCCUUGGCUGAUGCAGGAUUCAGGGUUAUUGCUCCAGACAUGAAAGGUUAUGGUGACUCAACUGCACCACCCGACAUUCAGGAGUAUUCCCAAGAAAAGAUUUUACAGGAUCUGGUGACUUUCCUGGAUAAGCUGGGCCUUGCUCAGGUUACUUUGGUGGGUCAUGACUGGGGCGGUGUGGUGGCUUGGAACAUGGCUCAGUGUCACCCAGAGAGACUGCGAGCGGUGGCUUCUCUAAACACUCCACUGUUCCCUAUGGAUCCAAACAAGGACCCAAUGGAGAGACUGAAGUCCAUCCCAAUCUUUGAAUAUCAAAUCUAUUUCCAGGAGCCUGGUGUAGCAGAGGCUGAGCUGGAGAAGGACCUGACCAGGACUUUUAAACUGCUGUUCUCUGCCAGCAGUGAGACCGAUACACAUCCUCAGGUGGAUAUGACUGGGAUCUGCAAAAGAGGAGGUUUGUUUGUUGGUUUACCAGAGGAAGUUCCCAGAAGUGCCUUGCUGAGUGAAACAGCUCUGCAGUACUAUGUCCAGCAGUACAGCAAACAGGGCUUCAGGGGACCACUUAACUGGUAUCGGAACGUGGAGAGGAACUGGCGAUGGAUGUGUUCCAGGCCAUGGGGCAAGAUCCUGAUUCCUGCUUUGAUGGUGACUGCAGAGAAGGACAGGAUACUUCUGCCCAUCUUUACCACUGGCAUGGAGAACAUGAUUCCCAAUUUAACAAGAGGCAACAUUGAAAACUGUGGACACUGGACACAAAUGGAAAGGCCUUUGGAGGUCAACAAAAUUCUGAUCUCCUGGCUGACAGAGACGCACCAGAAAGCAUCUAUUUCCAUCUCUCCAAAGCUGAGAUGACUCUUAAGAGUUUGUUCAAGAAUUCAAGCUUCCUGCUACUGCAGCUGUCAUUUAUAUAAUUCUGUUUCUAUGCUUUUCAUAGUUCUAGGCCCUGCACAUUAACCUCCUGAAAUAUGCCUUUAAAAGACCCAAAUAUUCUUUAUUAAAAGCUUUACACAAAGCAA